UGGGUGAAAAUCUUGAAAAUCGGAAAACCCGAGAAGAUACCCGGUAAUAAAAUCCAGAAGAAAUCCCUUCUCUCCUCCUCCUAUCAAUAGCAAUAUCGAUAGCAAUUCACCACUCUCUCUCUCUCCUCCUCCCCCUCCCCCUAGCUUCCUUGAAUUGCCAAUUACUCUCUUUCAUUUCUUCCGAGCCUUUGCUUGCUUCAUUCUUAUGGGCCGCCAUUGGUUUAACCAAUUAUGAUUCUCUUUUGAGUCUUGUUUUCUUCUUAUUAUUAUUGUAAUUUGUUAUUCAUAAAGCAGCAGCAGCGGCAGCUCAAUUCUUUAUUGAUAUGAGGAGACAAACUUGUUUAUUCUCGCAAUGGAUGAUGGGGUUAUGCUUUUAAUCAACCAAAGAUUCAAUCUUUCUUCUUCAUCGAGCUCAUUGGAUCUCGAUGACUUUGGUGUCGAAUGUCGAUCGCGAUUACCAACGGGAUCGGCAUUCGAUUUAUACUCUAUUGCUACAAAACCAUUUUCCCAGAAACAACAACAAAAACAGUCUAAUUUGUUACCAUUUGGCUGUAUGCAAUAACGAGGUGGUUUUUGAUUAAUUGUUGUUUCUCCUUUUCUUUUGUCAUCUUCCCUGUUGUCUUUUCUCUUGUAUCUGUUUGAUAUUUCUUCGAAAUCAUGAAUUCGGGUUCCCAAAGUGGGGGGUCUAUGUUGUCUGUAUAUAAGGAUGGUUUGAUUGGUAAUGUGGAUCCUCAGGUUGAUUAUGUUGAAAUGGAUCCUAAGGGUCGAUAUGUUCGGUACAAUGAAAUCUUGGGCAAAGGUGCAUUCAAGACUGUCUAUAAAGCAUUCGAUCAACUUCAUGGAAUAGAAGUUGCUUGGAGCCGGGUAAAAGUCGACGAUGUGCUACAGUCAGCAGUUGAUUUUGAAAAAUUGUAUUCUGAAGUUCAUCUUCUCAGAUCACUGAAACACGAUAAUAUCAUGAAAUUGUAUGAUUCAUGGGUAGACGAUAAGAAGAAAACUAUAAACAUGAUAACUGAGCUCUUCACAUCUGGGAGUAUGAGGCAAUAUCGUAAGAAGCAUAAAUGUGUUGAUAUGAAGGCUGUCAAAAGCUGGGCAAGACAGAUCUUAUGCGGCUUGGACUAUCUUCAUAGCCAGAACCAGCCUAUCAUUCACAGGGACUUAAAGUGUGACAAUAUAUUUGUAAAUGGCAAUCACGGAGAAGUUAAAAUUGGGGACCUUGGAUUAGCAAUUGUUAGGCAGCAGCCUACGGCGAAGAGUGUCAUUGGGACUCCUGAAUUUAUGGCACCGGAAAUGUAUGACGAGGAAUACAAUGAACUAGUAGACAUAUAUUCCUUUGGCAUGUGCCUCUUGGAAAUGGUUACCUUUGAAUAUCCAUAUUGCGAGUGCAAGAAUCCUGCUCAAAUCUAUAAGAAAGUCACUUCUGGUAUUAAACCUGCUUCACUAGGCAAGGUGUCUGAUCCCAAAGUUAAAGAAUUCAUUGAAAAGUGUUUGCUUCCAGCGUCUGAAAGGUUGCCAGCAAGGGAGCUUCUUAAGGACCCCUUUUUCCAACUUGAGACUCCGAAAGAAACAAAUCACAAUCAGAUGUUAUUGUCUACUGAGCUCCACAAAUCAUUGAGUGUCUUGAGCUGUGGGUCUCUUUCCAUGGAUAUGGAUUAUGAGUAUAAGCAGUCUGUAUGUACAGAAUCUAGUUGCGGAACCCCGCAAUAUCCUGUUUUGGAAUUUAAGAGGAAGCAUCAGAAUAAUGAAUUUAGAUUGAGGGGCAUGAAAAAUCCAGACAAUUCUAUAGCAUUGACCUUGCGAAUAGCUGACCUUAGCGGCCGAGUGAGAAACAUACACUUCCAAUUCUAUCUCGAAACUGACACUGCAUUAUCAGUUGCUAGUGAAAUGGUUGAACAGCUGGAGUUAGCAGACCAUGAUGUGGCUUUUAUUGCAGAUUUUAUUGAUUAUCUAAUAAGCAAAAUUAUAAAAGGCUCAAAGGCUUUGCCGGAUUUAUGUCACAAUCCUGAAACAAAUGACCGUUCUUUCAUGCCAAAUUCAUGGAAUGCAUCCCCACCUGAUCAAGAGACUGUCUCUAAUUUAACCUCUAGCGUAAAACAUCAAGAAGAUUUUGUGCAUGUUGGACAUAAUCCGCGUCAGAGUUCAGUCCCUCUCUCUCAUAUCACAUUACAGGCAAGUCCAAACUUUGCAAAUAUGGAUGAUAAAGAGUCACAAGCAUCAGCUGCUUCUGAAAUGAUGUGCGAAGAUACUGUUAUGAAGAAUGAGAUAAAGGCUGAUUAUGUUAAUUCUAAUAUCAAUGAAAUACGGCAAAAUUCGAGUGGCCUUGAUUCUGAGCUGGACUUCAGGGAUUUAUACUACGACGAGUUUAAAAUGCAGGAAAGUGAUACUGAUGUUGUCGAAUGUAUUCAACCUAAUGACAUUGCAAAAAACUGGGAGAUGACUUUGGCAGAUCUAGCUGGAGUCUCCAAAGUUAUAAGUUCGACAGGUUUGGGUUGCAAUAGUUCGCAUUUGUCCUCGACAGAUGAAGAACAGGUGGCAGAACUAACAAUGGAACUUGAUGCAAUUGAGGUACAAUAUCAGCAGUGGUUUGAAGAACUCUCGAUGAGGGGGGAAGCAGAAGUUAAUGCCAUUAGGAACAGAUGGAUCAUAGAUAAGAACCCGCCCAUGAAUUAACGAUAAGAUGAUCUUUGUCCAAAUUGUUCGACUUUCUUGAAAUAUUCUAUUUUAUAUGAUGGCUUUCAUAUGUUUUAUUUAGACAGUUAUUUUGCUUUUAAUGGAUUUUUUUUGAUUGUGCGA